AGUGCUGAUAAGAAGAAGCGUUCGCAUAAUUUUACUGGCGGGUUUCGAUAUUUGUAUUCUUUUAUUUUUAAUAAUUGACUUUGGAUCAAACAAUAAACCAUGCCAGAAAAUACCGAAUUAAACGCAGAACCAACAACUGUUGAGGAAUCGGCUGCUAAGAUAGCAGAAAAAGCAACCGGGGUUGAGAAUGGCACUGCUGCAGGAGAGUCGCCGCCGGUGGCAAGCACGGAAGCCGAGGUUACGCAUCCAAGCUAUGAAUUGUCCAAAUUUAAGUUGACGCGUAUUUUACAAAAUAAUACAAUGAGAAAAACUAUAGCGUUGUUGGGCUCAUUCCCCGAUGUUUCUACUGUUGAUGUAGCUGUUGUUUUGCUCGAGAAACAAGCAUUCAAGGAGCGUGAUGUGCAAACUGCAAGCGAGGAGGAUGCUACUGAAACUCCAAGCAUAUUCAGUGCUGCCCUGCAGGUGCAUACGGAGUUUAUCAACAACAUUUAUGGCAGCUUUCGAUGCAUUCCCAGCACUGAAUUGAAUGGCAUUAAGACGACAGUGGUAUAUCCAGCUACAGAGAAGCACAUUGAAAAGUAUUCGUUGACUCAAAAGUACCUGAUUACUGAAACUCCAGCGUUAUAUGAGCAGCUAACUUUGCCGUAUAUAACAAACAGCCAAUUUAGUUUAGAUUGGGUAUACAAUAUACUGGAACAUCGUCAAGAAACUGAUCGUAUUGUCUAUGAAGAUUCAGAUCCCGAAACUGGCUUCAUACUCUUGCCCGACUUGAAGUGGGAUGGCAAAACUUUGGAGACACUGUAUCUUCUUGCCAUUACGCGCAAACGCGAUAUCAAAUCUUUACGUGAUCUCAACUCCACUCAUCUGCCGCUUUUGCGCAAUCUACGCGCUGGAAUUGCAGAAGCUAUCGAAAAGCGUUACGGUUUAUGCGCCUCACAAUUGCGCAUAUAUUUUCACUAUCAACCAUCAUUCUAUCAUCUGCACGCUCAUAUCAAUCCGGUGCGUGGCGAUGCGCCAGGUAUUUGGUGUGAAAAAUCACAUAUGCUGGAUAUAGUCAUAAGCAAUAUUGAAUUGAUGUCUGACUAUUAUCAGCGUGUGACACUGCCAUUUGUUUUGUUCGAGGACAGCAAGCUGUUAGAUGCAUAUGAAGCCCAAAAAGCGGUGCAGAAGUGCGCAAAAAUAGUAGAAAACGGGAUUGAAAAAAAUGAAGAGAAGGAGCAAUGUAAUGCUGAUGCUGUAGAUGAACCACAAGCAAAGAAAUUAAAAUUAGCAGCGGAUGAAGCAAAUGCUGAAGAACCGCCAGAAAGAAAAUUGAAGGAGACACCAACCAUAGAGGUUGCAGUGGAAUAAAUCAAGAAAAUUCAUGUUGUUGCACUUAAAUAAUUCCCAAUAUCAGCAAAUUAAUUUGAAAUGUAAAAAAUGUGAUGCAUGCAAGAUUGUAUUUGUUAUUGGUGCAGAGAAAUUCCGGUAACGAAACUGUUCACUUCACAAAUCAUUUAUUGAAAAAAGUAUUUGUUCCAAAUAAACAAGCGUGUACCCAACACAUUUGUUCAGCGCUGUACUUGACUAAAAUGCGGGGGGCUAAGAGUAAA